CAGAAAGGUCAGAGGUCGGAAACAGCCACGAGAAGCCUCAGAACGCGGGAGCUGUGACGGUGCUGCCAAGAAUGCGGCGGCGCUGCUGACACACAAAGGCGGGUGUUACGUAGGGACCUCCUUGGGACAAAAACCUGGGGCGUUGUGUCCCCGGAGCCCAGUGCGCUGCCGCGGAAAAGGACCCGCCCGUUGCUCCGCCCCCGGGAGAAUCGGCGCCACAAUGGAGGAGUACCAGCGCCACUGCGACGAGGUUGGCUUCAAUGCAGAGGAAGCCCACAAUAUUGUUAAAGAGUGUAUAGAUGGGGUUUUGGGGGGUGAAGAUUAUGACCAUACCAACAUCAACCAAUGGACUGCAAGCAUAGUGGAACAAUCCUUAGCACAUUUGGUUAAGUUGGGAAAAGCUUAUAAAUAUAUUGUGACCUGUGCAGUGGUGCAGAGGAGUGCUUAUGGCUUUCACACAGCCAAUUCCUGCUUUUGGGAUACCACAUCUGAUGGUACCUGUACCAUAAGAUGGGAGAACCGAACCAUGAACUGCAUCGUCAAUGUUUUUGCCAUUGCUAUUGUCCUGUGACAGACUAAAAAUGUUUGGCCAAAGCCAUUAACUUAAGCAUUUGUCAGUGUAUCCUUUCUAAAGAGAAUAAGUUACUUGUUAAUAUGCUAGAUGACAAGUGUGCAAUAUGCUUCAAAACUAUCAACAAAAACUGAAUAUUAUAAGCAAGCAAUCUCAUAGUAAGUUGGCAGAAUAAUUCAUAUUCUGUAUAUACAGAAGCAUUUCAUUAUAGGAAAAAAACUUAAUGUCUGCAAAAAAAAAGCAAAUAUACAACUGUGGCAUAACAUGAAAACACAAGCUUAUAUUUAUACCAGCUUUUGUCUUAAAUUAUGUUAACUAAGGAGAUAGGUAAAUCCAUUUAGAUAAUAAAAUUCUCUUUCAGUUUCAGAGAAGUUAACAUGGAUAAAUACAUGAACAAAAAACACUGCAAGGAUAAAUCUAGGGAAAAUAAUUGUUACCUAGCACUUCUUAAUUUUGUAUGCCUUCUCCUCAGUUUUACAUAUGACUUAGUAAAAAGUAAUUGUUUAUUUUUUCCUCUCAAUUAAUAUCACAGUAGCAACCACUAUUAACUUGUUUACAUUUUCUGAGAACUGUUAAAACAGUUUUUAAAAUUUUAAGAUCUUGAAUUGACAUUUGAGGCCGAAUUAAGUCUGGUAACCUUGAAUUCCCUUUAAACAAAAUGAGUUACAGUGUAUGUUGAGAAGUAUCUGACUAACAGUUGCCUUACAAUUCACACAUUCCACGUAUAACAAACAUUACUGAAUGCCUGUUAUGAGCAUAUUUCUCUGUUAGUCAUUAUAGUUACCAAUCUGCUGCUCAAACUCUAAGUUUCUUUUGGCACCUGUUCAGUUGGAUAAUUAACAUUUGUGUUUGGAGGGGGAAAAAAGUCAUUUGACAAGAGAGAGGAAAAGUGAAUCUUGUCACCCAUGUAGAAGUAAGCAAAGUGAAAAGCACUUGUUGCUGACAGAGUAUCAUAGCUGUAAUUUUAAAAAUUGCUCCUAACAAGCAAAAAAUGCACAAAAUAUGCAGCUCUUAGUUAACGGCCUGAUUUGCAGUGUAAUUGUACAACUAGUAAAUUUUAUCAUUGCUUUAGUUACAACCAUCUGUAAAUAAUUUUAAAUAGUUAUGUGAGGUUCAAAUUAAUUGGAAUGAAGUAUAAAUUAAAACUAUACAAUCAUUAGCAGGUCAUUGAAAAUCUCAGGGCUUAUAAAAUGUAUUUAAGUGUAUUUAAAAAGUAAAAAGUGAAAAAUUAAGGUACACAGCUGGCCACUAAAUACAAAGUCAAUCUGCUAUUUAACCUUAAAAACAAAAUCAAGUUUGCAUAACACUAAUACAAAUAGGGAAUGGAACCAUGAUUCAUUGAGAAUUUGGGUGGAAAGAAAAGCUUGAUAUCAAUACUGACUAUAUUAAGAUAGUAUUCUUGUAGGAAUACUAUGUGCAUGUUUGAUAUUUUGCUAAGUAACAAUAAUUGUUCAAUGUUUAAGAAGAAUAUUAAGAAAAUAUAACAGUAGAGUUUAAUGCAGUGAACUACAUUUUUGGCCUGUGGGAAAUUCUCACAGUCAUUACCUUCAUGUUAGUUUAUGCAGUUGGCUUUUGUGCCCUUGAAGAUUACAACAGUGACCAAAAUAUCUGUGCAGUUAAGACUCAUUUUGAUUAUUGUUAUUGAAGCCUGAUCUUAAAAGAAUAAUAAUCAAAAAUACCUCGUGAACUUGCUAUCUGCUCUGUUUCUAGUUAUAGUAUAAUAAAGAUUAUCUUCCUAUGAUGUA